AUGAAUCCCCCUCUCGCUCCGUCUCCGAUUAAACGCAAGUUAUCUGACAGCCCCCCUGAUAGCUCACUGGAAACCCCAAGCACUUUUGUGUUUGGAACCGCAAAUCUGGCGACUCUACGCUCGCCGCCUCCGUCUGGACGCUUAGAGCAAGGAAGAGAGGACCGAAAAUAUGAUGGAUCGACCAUCUAUAUUAGUUUUAGCGACAUAAAUGAGUCAGCUGUACGUGAAAUCCUUGAGCCUUAUGGUCCAAUCCUUAAUAUCCAUCUGGACGAAAACAAAUGCUACGCCUUUGUGACGUUGACUUCCGAAGAAAUGGCCGAAAAAGCCCUAAAGUUGGACAAAUCAAAGUAUCAAAACCAUCGUCUCCGCGUCAACUUCGCCCGACGCAACCGACAGCAAAGUCGCGACGGCAAUGUUGAUGUCGGUCCUACUCACCAGACGCCUAGGCCUCCGUCCUGGGGUGGUGGUCGCGCCUUCAACAGUUAUUCUGACAUUCAUCUUCACCUCGACGGAGUGGCCUUUUUCGUUAGUCGUGUCGCAGUUUUCUUCCAUUCCAUUACAUUUCCCAUACUGUCAAUGCUUUGCCGUCUCAGACCUGCUCUACUCUCCUGCCAGUCGGUGGUUGUACGCCGCGUCCUCGGCGUAUCCUCGGCAUCAAUUGACAUCUACGUCGGGGCGAAUCGGUCCAGGUUCUACAGAACUCUCGGCCUCUUUUGCCUCUUUCAAGGCUCCGCCUGGAGCCUCUUUGGAGGCUACCUCUUUUCGAAGUCGGCCGAACCCAUCACGUGGGAUUCCAUUAAGGCGGAUGUCAAUAGCUUCAACAGCCGUCUCGCCAGCCGCCUUGAGUCAUGGACGCCGGACGCCAUCGCAAAGAUAAUUCUCCGCCCAAGGAAGCCCAGCACCGUGGAUGCAGCUGAACCGGCGGUGAAGGCGAAGGAGGUGGAGAAGGGGGUGGAAAAGGAGGCGGACGAGCAAGCAAAGAAGGGAGAGGAGCCACUCCUAGCCACCGAGUCGAAAGAUAUGGCUAGCCGGAUGCGAUUGGCUUUUGGACUCGCGAAGAACGACAACAGCAUCAGCCAGACAAAUGACAGUUCAAAAAGGUUGAUUCCUCUUCUCUGUCUCGUUAUGGACGGAGCCAAAAUCUCCUUGUUGACGUAUUUAUUUGUAUCUGUAGGCGCAUUCACAUUCUUCGUGGGUGCUGUUAUUCCGCGCCAGGUGGUUAGACGAAUAUCCCUGUUGUCACGGCAACCGAGCAGUCUGGAUCACAUGGUUUGCGUAAGCACCUACGGAUGGUUCGGAUGUCUGCCUCGUGGGGGCGCUCAAUUCAACGUCCCACUGAACAGCGUCCGCACCGCAAGGGCGUACAAGGAGGGAGAUAAGUUUAUGACUAUCUUCAUCGGCCAGCGCGUCUUCAUCUUCUACCUGGAACGCUUUCAAACCGAGUUCAUCCUCCCCGAGUUCCUAGAACACUUGAAUCCCGGUGUCAUCCCGAAGAAGUAA